AUGAAGCAAGGGGCUGAGGCAAAAGUUGGACGCUCAGAUCAGGGACGCCUCUAUUACAAGUGCAAGCACUCUGAUAAGUGCAAGUUCGAUGUGCGUGCAUCUUGUCACGGCGGAGGGAUGUGGGGAGUGCAUAAGUUUAAAGAGCACUCUUGCCAAGGGGAAUUGGGAAUUUUGAAACGAAUAAAGGUACACUCGAAUGUGGUUGCAGCUUAUGUGGAAAAAAGAAUACGCGAUGAUGGAGAGGUCAUUAAGCCGAAAUCUAUUAUGGCGGAGUUGUUACGUGAAUUUGGCGUCAUAAUCAAAUAUGAUGUCGCGCUGUGCGCAAGAAAUCUCAGCUUAGAGAAGAUAUACGGUCGAAUUGAUGAUUCGUUCCUUCUUCUGCCAAAAUAUUUGUAUGCCCUAAGGCAAGCGAAUCCAGGCACCGUUAUGGAUUUGGAAGUAGACGAAAACAAUCGGUUCAAACAUCUGUUUCUUGCUCUUGCGGCUUCCAUCUCACCUUUCUACUUUUCGCUUCGACCAGUGAUUGUGGUCGACGACACACACUUGAAGGGGAAGAACAAUGGUAUUUUGUUCGUCGCCGUGACAAAAGACGGAAAUGAGCAAGUUUUUCCGUUGGCAUUUGGUGUCGGGCCGAUCGAGAAUGAUGAGUCAUGGAAGUGGUUCUUGUCAAAUGUGAGACAAACUUUUGGUCAGCCCGACAACUUACUAGUUGUCUCUGAUGCGCAUAACAAAAUUAAGGGCUACGGGCAAGCUGUUGUUGAGCUUUUCCGCCAGGCUGCAUACGCCUACGUGGACUCAAAAUUUUCACGUGCAAUGUCGGCUAUGGCUCAAUUGAAGCCGGCGGCGUACGGGAAGUUGAUGCGCGUAGGCCUAAGAACCGAGGCUUUGAAUGCCCGUUUGUUGUGGGCCAGACGCCUUUCUAUAUGCUCCAUGCUGGAGGCAAUCAGGAUGGUUCUGGAGCAGUGGUUCAAUGACAGACUUGCGUCUGCGGAAGAGAGCGAGGAUCUUCUUACUCCAGAGGCAACACAGAAGAUAAGUGCGGAGAUCUCAAAGAGUCGUCGUUACACUGCGAAGAGGACCUCCGAGAGAAAAUACAGGGUUCGUGCUGGUGAUCGUCGCUUCAUGGUUGACCUUCAAGCGAAGAGCUAUGAAUGCAAUGAAUUCGAACUGGACGGCAUGUCGUGUUCUCAUGCGAUCGCAGCCAUUACUGAGGCGAACGAGCCAGUGGAAGAUUACGUGGAAGCUUACUACAAGCGGAGUUCACUGGUUCAAACAUACUCCGGUUCAGUAAAUCACUUGCCUCCCUUAGAGCAUUGGGAAAUUCCGUUUGAAAUUGCAACUGAUAUUGUUUUGCCAAACCUUUCUCGGCGACAAGCUGGUCGACCAAGAGAAUCUAGAAUUCCUUCAGCUGGUGAGAGGCCGACUCAGAGGACUACUACAACGGAUGCAUCAACUAGUCUGGGAAAACGAGCACCCAAAACCUGUGGCACCCUGAUAAUCCCAUCAUGUCCUCCAAUGGCAUUGACAUCAACAAUAUCUUCGUCAAAAUUCGGACAAUUUUCAGAUUGA